AUGGCUUUCAUGGCCGAUCAAUUUGCGCGUGUCGUCCCCAGAGUCAUUUCCGAGAUUCGAGCUUCCGAAACUCCUUACUCUUCCGUCGACUCUAAGGUCGAAGCACGCAAGCCCGCUUCGUUCAACUUUAAACACUUCUCGUCUUGCAAUCCCAAGCCAUUCACUGGCAAUGAUGGGGUGACCGCCAUGCUCGCGUGGUUCGAUAGCAUCGAGGUCACUUUCAUCAACAGUGACUGCCCUGAAGAGCUAAAAACGCGCAGCGCAACUGGGGUAUUCCAAGCCCGAGCUCUUGAGUGGUGGACGAGCGAAAGAAACAUCCGGUCGAACGAGCUAGCGUAUGCGUUGACUUGGGAGGAAGUCAAAGCUUUGAUGAUGGACGAGUUUUGCCCGCCUCAUGAGCAACGAAAACUAGGGGAAGAAUUUUGGGCUCUUAAGCAAGUGGGAGAUGAUAACCUAGCCUAUACCACCAGAUUCAAGCAACUCAGUUUCAUAGCCCCUCACCUUGUCUCAACCCCUGAGCGCCAGAAGAGCAAGUAUAUCAAUGGUUUACCCCCUAGCAUGCGUGAUACGAUCGAGGGAGCCAAACUCGAUAGCAUCGAAGCCAUUUACCGUUUGGUCGCAUCCUUGAACAACAACCGUGUUCGCGAUAAGCAAGCCGCAAACCCCGCUCCUUCGAAGCCAGCCCAUCAAAUCACCCAACAAUCGAAUAACAAUAGGGGGAAGAAGCGAAAGCAAUCCAACCCCGUUUGUAACGCGAUUGUGCCGCCUGUUAACUCGAACCCUGUUGCUCCUGAUAACACCCAAAAGUCGUACACUGGGAUUCACCCCAAGUGUGCCACUUGUAACUACCAUCAUCCCGUCAAUGCUAGGUGUCGCCGUUGUGGCCAUUGUAACCGUUAUGGACACGACACCGCCUUUUGCCGCUACCAACAACAACAAGCACCACAAGCUCAGCAAGCGCAACAAGCUCCACCUGCUCCUCAAAACGCAAGACCAGCUAGGGCUUGUUUCAAAUGUGGGGAUGUUAAUCAUAUUCGCCCUCAAUGUCCGUUAUGGAAUCAAGAGCAACAACAACCUCCUCGUGGACGCGCCUUCAACUUAAACGCAAAUCAAGCGCGCAACGACAAUGACGUCGUUAAUGGUUAA